CAGUUAAAAGACCAGUCUUUCAGCCGAGUACCCGUAGGCAUUCAGGUUUCUUCCUGCCGCAAAACCCGCCGGAAAAUGCAGCGCCGUUCGCAUCACUUCGCUUUCGCUUCUGAUUCACUCUUCUUCUACUACUCCUUUACCCCUUCUUCCCCUUCCGCCUCACAUUGAACUAAGAUUCAUCAAAUUCGAUUCAUGAUUUGUUCUUCAUAAUUCGUUUGUAAUUAAUUGAUCGAUAUAUAGGUACUGGCACUGUCAGUGCUUCCACGGUCAAGAUCUGUGGGCUUUUUCGCAAUGAAAGCCCUCGGCACAGGUGGCGGUGCUUUGGAUCUCUGCAAAUCCGCCACACUCGUCAGAAUCUCGGGGUUUAUAUUGAUUUCUGUGAUCUUCUUCUACUUAGGAAAGCAUUUCAGCGAUGGCUCCUCCCAGCAGCUCAUAUUCUUUUCAUUUGGCCAAAGCUCUGCGCCACGCCAGGUGGACUCACACUCUGGUACUGUUUCACUGUCUCCGAAUUUUAACAAGACAUACGAUGUUUCUGCGUUGAUAAAUGGCACUACAACCUCGCCCGCGUCGCAGCAGAGUGAACCACGGAAAGCCCCUGCACCUCCUCCUCCGCCAGCGUUGCAGAGGAUGGGAGUGGUGGACGAGAAUGGAAGGAUGUCGGAUAAUUUUGAGGUGGGGGAGUAUGAUCCUGAAUUGGUCGAUAAUUGGGGGAAAACAAAUGAGAGCGAGGGAGCGGGGAGUGAUGGAAAUGGGGAUAAUGUUAGGGUUAGGGUUAAGAAGUUCCCAUUGUGCCCGGAGAGUAUGAGGGAGUAUAUACCUUGUUUGGACAACGAAGAAGCAAUUAAGAAGUUGACUUCUACGGAAAAGGGGGAAAAAUUUGAGCGUCAUUGUCCUGAACCAGGAAAGGGCUUAGAUUGUUUGGUCCCUGCUCCUAAAGGAUACAGAACUCCGAUUCCUUGGCCCAGAAGUCGUGAUGAGGUUUGGUUUAGCAAUGUGCCGCAUGCUCGGUUGGCAGAGGAUAAGGGUGGUCAAAACUGGAUCACCAUUGACAAGGACAAGUUCAAGUUUCCUGGAGGUGGGACACAAUUCAUUCAUGGGGCAGAUCAGUAUUUGAAUCAGAUUGAGAAGAUGCUACCGGAAAUUGCAUUUGGCCGACAUACUCGAGUUGCUUUAGAUGUUGGUUGUGGAGUUGCAAGCUUUGGCGCUUAUUUAUUGUCAAGGAACGUCACAACCCUCUCUAUUGCCCCAAAGGAUGUUCAUGAGAACCAGAUUCAAUUUGCCCUUGAGCGUGGAGUUCCUGCAAUGGUGGCAGCAUUCACAACACGACGCUUACCUUAUGCAAGUCAAGCAUUUGAUUUAAUUCACUGUUCAAGGUGUAGAAUCAACUGGACUCGAGAUGAUGGGAUUUUGCUACUUGAGGUUAAUCGGAUGCUCAGGGCAGGAGGUUAUUUUGUUUGGGCAGCACAACCUGUUUAUAAGCAUGAGCCUGCCCUUGAAGAACAAUGGGAAGAAAUGUCUAACCUCACCAGUCGGAUUUGUUGGACAUUAGUAAAGAAAGAGGGUUACAUUGCUAUAUGGAAGAAGCCCCUUAAUAACAGCUGUUAUUUGAGCCGUCAGGAAGGAGCCCAACCUCCAUUAUGUAAACCUGAGGAUGAUCCAGACAAUGUGUGGUAUGUAGAUUUGAAGCCAUGCAUUGCACGCUUACCCAACGAAGGUUACGGUUCGAAUAUUACUAUGUGGCCAGAGCGCUUACAGAAUCCCCCGGAUAGGCUUCAGAGCAUACAACUUGAUGCCUACAUAUCAAGGAGAGAGCUUUUCCGGGCAGAAUCAAGAUACUGGUUUGAAAUAAUUGAAAGCUAUGUCCGUGGUUUGCAUUGGGGUACGAUGAAAUUCAGAAAUGUACUGGACAUGAGAGCAGGAUUUGGAGGUUUCGCAGCAGCUCUAAUUGAAAACAAACUGGAUUGCUGGGUGCUCAAUGUUGUUCCUGUCAGCGGCCGCAAUACAUUGCCUGUUAUAUAUGAUCGUGGUCUUAUAGGAGUUAUGCAUGACUGGUGCGAGCCGUUUGAUACUUAUCCAAGAACCUACGACUUGAUUCAUGCUGCCGGACUUUUCUCUAUAGAACGAAAAAGGUGCAAUAUCUCUACCAUCAUGCUUGAGAUGGAUCGAAUCUUGAGGCCUGGAGGACGUGUAUACAUCCGCGAUUCUCUGGCAAUAAUGGAUGAACUUGAAGAAAUUGGAAACGCCCUCGGUUGGCACGUAGCAUUGAGGGAUACUUCUGAAGGUCCCCACGCGAGUUACAGGAUCUUGACGGCCGACAAGCGCCUCAUACGCGCAUGACACACCAUCAAAUAAAAAAAAAAAAAAAACUAGCUCCAAAUUCAGGUCUGCCUCUAUCGAUAUCGAAAUCUACAUAUUAGAUAGCAUGGAAUUGAAAUGAAAUGUUAUUUUCUACCAUAAUAGAUGAAAGAAACAGGAAAAGCAUAAUUGUUGAAAUCCCUUUCUGUGCUGCUGCAUUUGACUCGUGUGGAAUAUUAUUUGAUUUUUACCACUUUUUUUAGAGGAAGAAGGAAGGAUCAUUAUCAUCACUCGAUUCUAAUAUCAAUUCAUGUAUUUGAAUAAUUAAUUUUUAUUUAUUUUUUUAUUUUUUU